AUGGAUUCUGGUAACCCUAGCUUGCUUGAUAAGGCCACUCCAACCCACAUUGCUUAUGUGAUUGGACAGUGGCAUUGCCACAAGAAGCAGCUUGGGUCUACGCACGGGCACGCAGAUUACCUCGGAGCGAGCUAUGGCCGCGGCUAUACAGACAGACACGGUGCCUUCGAUGGCUACUGUUACCUGGCCAAAAUCCUCACGUGUAUCUGUAGUGUAUCGGCCGAGGACCUCGAAGGUGCUAAAGAUCUCAAGAUCAGACCCGAACAAUGGGAGUUGCUGCCUUCGUUCGCCAUGCCAGAUCUCGAUGCCAUUGCGCUAGAAGGGGCUUCGACUUUCCUCAGGCUGUUGGUCCAAGCAUUGAACGUGGUCCUUGACCCUGGCUCUUAUGCUGGCGAGCUGGCUUUCCACCGAGUUUCGCCUCUCGAAUGUUUGUAUGACUUGACGGCCAGAUUGGUCGGCAUCGUACACUUUCUGCUUUACAACGGUCGUGAUGUCGACAGCGGAAUUGUGUUAUUUGUCGCAGAAGACUAUCUGCCUCCACGACUAGCAUUGAACAUUCCCAGCAUCUACCAUGCUUACAAAAUUUUCCGUCUUAGCGAGGCAUACUGGACCAAGGUUUUUGCCGCAUCGUAUCUACUUUGCUGGUUGUCUGCAAAGAUCUACCCCAUGCGCUCGCAGCAACCCACAGUGGCUGAGAACGACCGCGUUCGCAGGAAGAUUACCAACCCCGUGUUCUUCGCUCUCACACACAGUCUUGUAUGCUUCGCUGUGUUCAACGACCGACUGGAAGCUGCACUCUGGUCAUGGUUUGGUAUUUUAGCCAUCGCUGGCUUUACACUCGCCAUCUCGCCCACACCACCUCGCAUCAACCCUCCGAGAGACCCAGAGUUCGAAGUUGUUCUUCAACUGUGCUGUCAUCUUGCUUGCCUUGCAGUGUGCUGGCUGUUUGGGUUCUCGCACAUCUCGUUGGACCUCAAGGUUAAGGAUAAGAACUGGCGCGAUAGCCGCGCGCUCAUGGUGAUGACGGUGCUGCAACUCGAUGCGGCCAUGAUCUUUCUCGUCGUAGCAAGGGCAGAGCGGUGGUCAAUUUUGAGGUUUGGGCUUGUGGGCGCAAGUCUGAUUGGGAUGGCAUAUGUCCAUUACAUUGAGAUGUAUGCUCUAAUCGGAGGUACAAAAGCCUUGCUCAAUUGA